UUGAAGGACCGGUGGUGGGAAAGAUGGCGGCGGUUCUGGGAUCCUCUGGGUGGUGGCGGCGGUGGUGGUGGCGGGGUUUGUUGACCCGGGAUGGGUCCAGGAUGUUGCUCCUUCUCCUUUUGUUGGGUUCUGGGCAGGGGCCAUGGCAAGUCGGGGCGGGUCAAACGUUCGAGUACUUGAAACGGGAGCAUUCGCUGUCGAAGCCCUAUCAGGGUGUGGGCACAGGCAGUUCGUCACUGUGGAAUUUGAUGGGCAAUGCCAUGGUGAUGACCCAGUAUGUUCGUCUUACCCCUGAUAUGCAAAGUAAACAGGGUGCCCUAUGGAACCGGGUGCCAUGUUUCCUGAGAGACUGGGAGUUACAGGUGCACUUCAAAAUUCAUGGACAAGGGAAGAAGAAUCUACAUGGGGAUGGCUUAGCAAUCUGGUACACCAAGGAACGGAUGCAGUCAGGGCCUGUGUUUGGAAACAUGGACAAGUUUGUGGGGCUGGGAGUAUUUGUAGACACCUAUCCCAAUGAGGAGAAGCAGCAAGAGGCCCAGAAGAGACGAUAUUCUCCAGGAGUCCAGCGGGUCUUCCCCUACAUUUCAGCCAUGGUGAACAAUGGUUCCCUCAGCUAUGAUCAUGAAAGGGAUGGGCGGCCUACAGAGUUGGGGGGCUGCACAGCCAUUGUCCGAAAUCUCCAUUAUGACACCUUCCUUGUGAUUCGCUAUGUCAAGAGGCAUUUGACGAUAAUGAUGGACAUUGAUGGCAAGCAUGAGUGGAGGGACUGCAUUGAGGUGCCUGGGGUCCGUCUGCCUCGUGGCUACUAUUUUGGUGCCUCCUCCAUCACUGGGGAUCUCUCUGAUAACCAUGACAUCAUUUCCUUGAAGUUGUUUGAGUUGACAGUGGAGAGAACCCCAGAAGAGGAGAAGCUGCAUCGAGAUGUGUUCUUGCCCUCAGUGGAUAACAUGAAGUUGCCUGAGAUGACAGCCCCACUGCCACCCCUGAGUGGGUUGGCCCUCUUCCUUAUUGUCUUUUUCUCGCUGGUAUUUUUUGUGUUUGCCAUUGUCAUUGGCAUCAUACUCUACAACAAAUGGCAGGACCAGAGCCGAAAGCGUUUCUACUGAAUCCUCUUGCUGCCACCACCUCUGCGACUGUGAACUAGGAAAUGUGGGAAGAGUGGGCACUGAUCUGAGCAUAUAGCUCAGGGUGUUCUCUGGUCUCAGCAGAUGGUCAGGACUCUGAUUUGUUACUAGAACUUUGAGUGCAUGGACACUACAUCCCCAAGGGGUCAUGUAACCCUGGUUUAGGAAGCCCACCCACUCCAAGGCAAUGCUGCUGUGAUGUGCCUUUCUCCACAGUCCUUCCACUUGGGAGACCAGAAGGAUGGUGAGAAUAUAUGCUGCUAUAAUGCCAAAAUCACAGAAAAGAAUUUCAUAGCCCAGGCUGCCUUGUUGUUGGACUCAAGAGGGCCCUUGCACUUGUUUUUAAGUCUGCAGAGAACAGAAAACUGAAGAUUCCUUGUAAUUCCAGCCAUCCUUUCACUGGUUUUGACUUUUUUGUCUAAAGCUUUGUCCACCUGAGAAGCUUUGCUUUGAUAUCUGAAUGAAAAUUUCCCUGCCCUGUGUAACUUUCAUCAUCUUCUCCAAAUGCAAGCUGAGCUGAAAAAGACGUUUGACUAUCUUCUGAUGGGACUUGGAGCUGCAGAACAUUUUAUAUUUUACUGAUGCUCAUUAUGUGGACAUAGGAAGUGGAUUUUCUGCUGUGGCUUACUACUCAGGCUCCCCUCCCCCCCUUUUUUUCCUUGUGUGGUUCUUGGUUCUCUUAGUGUAUGACCUUCCUGAUUAGGUUCCUACAGGUCCUCAGCCAACUUUGGCGGAAAGGUGGUGUGCAAAUCAAAAGAAGCUUGAGUGACUUUAUAGAUGCCAUGGGAUUAACUGUGAAACCGACCAGCCACAUUUGCCUCCUAAAACAUUUAUCAUGUGAUCUGACCAUGGAACUUACUGGACUCACUGGAUCCUGGUUAAUUGCGUGUUAAUUCAUUUAUUAUGAUUUUUUUUUUGGAAUCCCACUUUGAAUGUUCAAAAUGUAAGGAAGCUUUCUUCUUAUAGCCUGGGCUUGGAUACUCCCCAAAGAGGAAAUCUGACUUUUUCCUAAUAGAUAAAAAAUAGUUGUUGCUGUGCUUGUGUUAAAAUUUGGGAGACCCUCUUCACCUGUGCCUGGAAAGAAUUCAUUGUAAUUGAACAGCAGAACCUGAAUAUCAUCCUUUAUGGGCUAGCUUCAUAUCUUACACUGCCUUAUCUGACAGGAGGUCACAUGCUGCUCACCUGUCUGUCCAUGGUUAAAGGAGCUAGUAGGCUGCAAUCUCCCUGGAGGGCCUGGAACUCUGAAUUCUCUAGCCAUGUACAUUGGUAGCUUAAAGGAAAUUCUUAAAAUGACUGAUAGAAAUCAAA